AUGGCGGGGGAAAGGCGAAUGGCGGGAGAGUCCUGCUCUGUCUCUUACUCCUUUCCCAUCUCUCUCUCUCUCCCUGCUUCUCUCCAAGGUGAAAGUUUCCCCCAUGAAAUCGGGGUCCCAGCCCAUUGCAACCUGCUGGUUUGCUCUGUGACAGGGUUUUACCCCUCAGGGAUCGAGAUCAAGUGGCUGAAGAAUGGGCAGGAGCAGACGGCCGGGGUGGUGUCCAUGGAGCUGCUCCAGAACGGAGACUGGACCUUCCAGAUCCUGGUGAUGCUGGAGAUGAGCCCCCGGCGCGGGGACGUCUACACCUGCCAGGUGGAACACAUCAGCCUGCGGGACCCCCUCACCGUGCACUGGGGCUCUGGCUGACUCUGCCGGGGCAAGAGGCUGGCUAGGGUCGGGGGCUUCGUGCUGGGUUUGAUCUUCGUGGUCCUGGGGUUGCUCGUCUACCUGAGGAAUAAGAAAGAUGACUGGCUCAGGGAUGGGGCCGGCAGCCUCAGGAAACGAGUCCCCAGUGGGGCCACGAUGCAGUGGCACUGGAGGGUUUCGCUAGAAUUUUGGUUCACCACACUUUGCUUUAAUUUUCCCUUCAGGCUCGAAUCCAGUUUUCUAGUGACCCAGGAACUUCCUGCCCAUCUCUCUGCCCAUGUCCAGGAAGUGCAGGGCUAAUCCCACCCUGGCUUCCCAUAAACCUGAGUCAGACCCUUCAGAAUCUGAGCUACAGUCGUGCCCUCCUGGCCUCCCCUCCACUUCUCCUCUCUAGUCCCACACACUCCCGGAACAUCAGGGAGUUGCAGACACAGUUUGAAGUGCCUGCAGAUUAGUCAGUUCCUCUCCAGUGGUGAAACAAAUCCACUUCCCCUUUUAGAAAUAUGGAGACCAAACUCACUUGAGAAACAGACCAGAAAUCGAUGAACUCCUGACCCUGAAUUCUGACACUUAUUUAUGCUACCCUCAAAGCUGCUUCCCUUUUUGCCUAAACGUGUGAAAGAAACUGUAAUAACUUGCAGGUCAAAACGCUGACUGUGUGAUACCCGUUUUUCCCUUACCUGCGCUCACUCACUCUCUAAUUAU